UGCGAGGUCGGGCAAUUUCUAUCCGGAGCGACGGAUGGACUGUGUUUUUGGUUUUCGAUGAAAAGUGUGAAGGUCUACGGUACAAGAGGUACCGUAGAGUUGUGACAGAAGCGAAUCCUUACUAAAUCGGGAUACGAUCUUGUGCGUGUUGAACACGAGGAAACAAUUCGUCAUUGCGUGGAAAGGAACAGAACUGUCUGUUUCCGCAACGAACAGAAUGACAAAUCCAUACGGUACGGUACGGGAACUUCUCGACUUGAUGUAAAACAAGGAAGCAUCUCUACAUUCGCUACCACAUCUGUCAAAAGUAGGGAAUCGUCCGAACACAAAUAUCUAUCAGUUCCUUUGCAAGAUGAAAGAACGGUGCAUGUCUUAGCUGCUUAUUUUAAAUUACUUACUUCCUCGCGAGGGUAUUUCUGUCCUCGUAUACUAUUCCAACAUGGCCUCUUCGAACGGAAGAUCUCCGAUCAUAAAGCGGGAAACAGGGCUCAAGGGAUGGGUAGAUACACUACAGACCCUAUUCGUCUGGAUGGCAGUUGUCUUGUCGCUGUGCUGUUCAGAAACAACGACCACUACCUUUGCAUUUGUGGGCUAUUCGCCGAAGAAAUCGACAACCAUGACCGUCCAAAACCCUUCUCCAAAAUACAACCUAAAUACGAGGGCAAAUAAUUUGAUUUCUCGAAGUAGCACGAGCGACGACGAAGUUGAACAGACGGCCACUGCCCCAACUGCCCCAAAAAACCUUAUGGACGACGACGAGGACACGAUGGUCGAACAGCUGCAGCAAAAGAACACUGCUGUUCUGAGUACCAAAGAGAUCGAUUCGAAAACUACGAGCCAGCGGGACCAGCAAUUGGACCUAGUCGAUGCCAUCUUCAAGGGCGACAGUCCGAGUCGACGCAACGAUGUAAAGAAGGUUGAAGACGACCGAUCCGUCCUCGAAAAGAUCGAUAGCUUCCUGGACAAGCCAUUCUUUGAUCCCGAUGCCUACGACGACGACGACAAUUCCUUCUUUGGAAAGUUUGCCCGCCUCGUCAAGACGGACUACGAAUUCUUCGAGGCGGUCUUUGUGGCGUGUUUCUUUUUGCUGCUCAUCACGAUCACCAAAGACGUCUUGCGGGCGCAAAUGGCGGCGAGCUCGGUACCCAGCGGACGGCUCUUUUGAGAAUCGAGCACAGAUCGGUGGGUUUGCAAAUGCGUUUGACGUUGCUCGAAUCCUUCUGAGAUGCACAAAAAUAGCAAAACACGGCACAGAAGCAAGAUCUGAAAACCAUCAACAUGACGGGUAUAAAUUUCGCAAACAUCUUUUUUCGUGUUGUCACGAACUCACGCACCUGUAAGAAAAUUUGAAAAGCGGACUUGGCAUUUCAAUCCUUACCGAAGCCUAUCGUGACAAAUUAUACCUGAGAUAAUCAUAUCAUACCCUAGGGCAUAACCUUGGCGAUAUCAGAAGGGCUUUGGAUUGGGCUGAAUUAUUGUCUUAGCCUUGUCUUAGCCAUGUUUGUGCACAUUCACAAAUCUCGUCUUCUAAGAAUAAUUAAUAUUAAAAUGA